AUGAUUGACUAUGCUUUUAAACAAGAACUGGCCAGAUCUCGUGAAAAUGUCGACGACCUGUUCUACUACGAUGGGCAUAAAGUAGGUCGCGGCACAUAUGGGCAUGUGUUCAAAGCACAGCCCAAAGUUCCUUCAGCCAAAUAUCCGGCUAAGGAGUACGCUCUGAAACUCAUCGAGGGACAAGGAUUUUCAAUGUCGGCGUGCAGGGAGAUAGCUUUAUUGAGAGAAUUGAAGCAUCCCAAUCUUAUCUGCUUGCAGCGGGUUUUUCUCACUAAUGAGAAGAAGGACUCCUGUGGAACUGCGGCUCCCGCUAAGGAGACUGCUACCUAA